AUGCCUGCGGACCAAAGCCAUCCUUUUGCCACAUUCCCUUCGACAGCCGGUAGAGGUGGAAAUGGAUUGAGACCUUACUACACGCCUGGACUUGGCAACGGAAACUACACUGUCGUCCCCGAUGCUCAAACGGUGGCAACCUCAUACUACAACAACAACGAAUUUGACGAUUUAAUCGACUCAAAGGCUGCUGCAAGAGAGCUCAUCAACUUCACGGUGCUAAAGUACCUCACCACGGCUGUCAGUAGCCCAUUUGAAGUGUCCAAAACAUUGUUGCAAGUGCAAUACAUGCCUCGAGAAGACGCCGAAGUGACCUCCAUUGCCCGCACCACGACAACCAUAGACGACGAGGAUGGACAUUCUGAAACAGAGGAAAGAAUGUAUGAUUCAGAGGAUUCAGAGGAUGACUUUUACGAGGAGGAGCACGAGUCUAGACGCAGAAGACGCUAUUCAGCAGGAAGCGAUCCCUUGAAUUCAGGCACGAUUGAUGUAGAUGAUCCAGUUUUCAAGAAGAAGCUUGCUGUGGAUGCUAGUGGAUAUGUGAUUCGCGAGAGUGUGUAUGACGAUAUGACGAGACCACCGCACCAAAUGAAGCCUAUUGAUGGUGGUGUUUGGCAGGGAAUUGGAAAACUGAUGAAGCAACCUCACGAAGGCUGGCGCUCGUUGUUCAAAGGUCAAUACACAAACUGGAUUUACGAGAUUUCUCACUUAUUCCUUCAACCUACACUGGAAGGCUCGCUAAACGACAUGUUUGAUUUAUACGAUGACACGAUUCCACUGGUUCAUUUGGAUCAUGUUGGCCCCAACUUGGCUACUUUGGUUGCUAGCAAUCUCAUUGUUGGAUUUGUGCUCAGUCCUCUAGAAUUGAUCAGAACAAGAAUGCAAGUUCAAUCUGCUUCACCUUUGCAGAGAAAGUAUAAGGGUCCUUUCCACGCACUGCGCACCAUCAUUCAAGAAGAAGGAGGCAUUAAGGGCCUCUAUUUCUCUCACAACUUUUUACCCACCAUCAUUUUCCACACUGUUACUCCAUUAUUGCAGAACAUUACACCACUCAUCAUUGACCGUGUGCUUCGUAUCUCUGCUAAUGAAUCGCCCUUCAUGUACAGUCUUGCAGAAUUGGGCCUCAAUACACUAGAAGUUUUGAUCACAUUACCAUUGGAUACCAUUCGCAAGCGUCUUCAAUGCCAAAUCAGAACCAGAACGCCAGGAAACAAGCGAUUUGAGUCUGUGGUAGCUAUGCGCCCUGUCCCUUACACAGGUAUGGCAAACGCUGCUUACUGUAUCAUCAAAGAGGAAGGCGGAAAACCCCACAACAAAAAGAAACAUAACAGUAGCAGCAGCAAAAAAUUGCAAAAGAAGAGCAUCUUCACAGAUUGGAGUCUGCGCGGCCUGUAUCAUGGUUUUAACAUGCAAUGUACAUCCAACAUUGUCUUGUUCUUUUUGCACGCAAUCAAUGGUAUUGAAGAUGAUUACGAAGACUUUUAA